AUGUUCUACAUUCAAACUUUUCUACUUUUAUUAUUAAUUGAUAUUUCGACUGGAAUCGGAAAAUGUGAUUUAUCGGCUCCACCAACAAGUUGGCUUAGUACAAAUGGAAGUGGAAUAAGUGAUUGGGCAACAGCUGGAGAUCCAACAAAUGGUACCAAUUUCUGUAUUCAGGUGAAUUCUAAUUUUUAUUUAUUUAUAUGCUGAAUUUGGGUAUUACAGGGUAACCGUACUGCUAAAACUGUUCAAGUUGAUUAUCACAUUGAUCUAACUUCACAUCAUCGUUACACCAAAAAACCAUUUAUUCGCCCAAAUGUUCGAGGUGGACAAAAUGGUUGUGUCAAUAAUAAUACUCGAAUUGUAUAUUGUUUUGCACUGUGUUUCAAUGAAACUAUGCAAUAUAAUGUGAGUUUCAGAAAAUUUUAAAAUUUCAAAACUAAAAAAACUUUUUGAGGUAAUUGAAUCGGCUUUGAAAAGCAAUCAGCCAUCUUUUGUUGCUCAAGACAUUCAAAAUACAGUAAUCCAAGAUUGGGCAAUCGCAGUUAUUCAAGUUGAUUACAAUGAUCCAAUGGCUCAUAUAAAUGCUUCUGAGUUUUUGGAUCCAGCUGUUUUUUGUAGUGUUUAUGUUGGAAUUCGACCAAAAGUUGGAUUCGAUUAUUUAUACGAAAUUGAACUUGCUAAAGUUAUCUUGCCUUGA